AUGACAACACGAGAGGGAUUUUGUGAUCGAAAGGAAGGUUUCCAGCAAGGGCUUCCAUGCACAGCGACAAUUACCCCGCGAAACAACAUACUAGCUCAUACAUCGGACAUAUUCGAUGUCAUUGUAAUAGGCGCAGGCUACGCUGGGCUGACAACAUGCCGAGACCUUUGCAACUCAGGAUUCAAGGUACUUCUCAUUGAGGCCAGGGACAGAAUCGGUGGAAGAACUUACACCGCCAAUAUCGAUGGCCAUCUAUACGAGAUGGGUGGUACAUGGGUUCACUGGAAUCAGCCUCAUGUGUGGCAUACGAUGCACCGAUACGGAUUGACGGAGCUUCUCAGUAGCGCCCCGGGAGACGUUGGCUGUCAAAAAUUUACCGUGUCUGCCGAUGGGAAGAAGACUGAAUUGAGCCGGCACGAAGAAGAGUUAAUCAUUCAAAGAGGAUUCGAAGAGUUGUUCAACAUCGACGGGAACAGUGGUAGAACAUUGAUGCCCUAUCCACAUGAACCGCAUCAUAAUCCCGAUAUCAAAGCCUACGAAGCGAUAUCCGCAGCCGAGCGCCUAGAGAAAAUAAAGCCUCUCUUUAACGAUAUCGAACUGGCGACACUACAAGCGUGCAUUGGAGCAAUAUCAGGAAAUACCAUGGAAAACACGGGAUUUUUCGAUCUAAUCCGGUGGUGGGCCCUUGGUGGGUAUAGCGCAGCCGGUGUUUUUGAGCUCACUGAGACCUAUAAGAUUGCAGCUGGACAGUCAUCCUUUGCGCGAAAAAUCUUUGAGGAAGCCUUAUCUACGGGAAACUUCCGCUAUACAUUUGACACGGUUGUAAGCACUGUUGAAGAUGAUAGGAUUCUGGUAAAGGUCACCACUUUAUCGGAUACAAGGUGGCUAGCGAAGAGACUAGUGUGUACGAUUCCGUUGAAUGUCUUGUCUCAGGUCCAAUUCGACCCCGCAUUACCACCAACGAAGCUAGCAGCGACACAACAGGGGCACAUUAACUUUGGAGCGAAAGUGCAUUUGGAAGCCGAGGGCUCAGACCUGAGGUCUUGGUCUGGGGCAGCCUGGCCGAGCAAAAGGGUCUUCGCUUGCCAUGGCGAUGGCCUAACUAAUGCGGGGAAGAACACGCAUAUUGUCUGUUUUGGCUCGAAUAAAGAAUUCCCGCAUCCAAGUGGAGACAGCGAGGAAUUUGCCGCGGAGGUCAAGCAAUUGAUGCCUAUGCAAAUCAACAAAGUGAUCUGGCAUAAUUGGCUUAAGGAUCCAUUCUCUCGUGGUACCUGGUGCGUGUUUCCUCCAAAUUAUAGCUUUCAGUAUCUCGAAGCCCUGAGAGAGCGACAUGGGAACAUUCUGUUUGCGAGUGCAGACUGGGCUCUUGGGUGGCGGGGGUUUAUUGACGGAGCGAUCGAAGAGGGAUCGCGGGCCGCAAAGCAAAUCAUAGAUGAAUUAGGCUUUCCCAAGCGAAUCGCUGGUUUGCUGUAG